UCUUUUGCGCCUCGCCUCUCCUUUCUCUCCCACACGCACACACACCGCCGUGGACGCCGAGGACUACACUAACCGGCGGCUGCGGCGGCAACUCCGGCGGAUCCACCCGCAGCUAGGCCGAGUCGCGCUGCCGGGGAAGAGGCAGCGGGAACCCUAGCCGGCCGAGCCUAGCCCGGGGGAGGAGGAGGAGGCAGGAUGCUGUUCCAGGUGGGAGGGCAGGGGGCGCGGCCCACCUUCUUCGAGAUGUCGGCCGCGCAGCAGCUGCCGGCCAGCCUCCGCGCCGCGCUCUCCUACUCGCUCGGGGUUUUUGCACUAAGACGGCCGUUGUUACAUAAAGUUUUAGAUUACGAGGAUGAAUUCUUUGCCUUGUUAAUGGCUGUCCUUGAGUCCCAUAGUUUGCGAACGACAGAUGGUUCUUUUUCGGAGUCAUUGUAUGGUCUCAGGCGGAGACCUGUUAAGGUUUCAGUAAAGAGAAGUAGUUCUGGUGCAGAAUCCAAUGAUAAAGCCUAUGAUUCUGUUCUAAGGAAGCGCCAGAAAGUCCUUUCUGUUGUUUUUUUGGUUGUUUUGCCAUAUUUCAAGUCAAAGCUGCAGUCCAUAUAUAACAAAGAAAGGGAGGCCAGGUUGCAGGCAAGCCUUUGGGGUCAGGGUGAUGUUAGAUUCGAUGAAGCUGACCUUGUUUCAGAUCAAGGGGAGACUUCUCAAGCACAAGUCGAGGCUACAACUGGAGAAGUAUCAAAUAUGGCACGUAUUAAGAAGAAUUUUGCGGCAUUAAUAGGUGUUUGCUAUCCAUGGAUUCAUGCGACCAAUGAAGGUCUCUCAUUUGCUUACCAGUUGCUGUAUUUGUUGGAUGGUACUGCAUUUUAUAGUCCAGCACUGCAUGCUCUUGGGCUUCAUGUUUGUCGUGCUACAGGACAAGAGCUGAUGGAAUCAUCUUCUAGGGUAUCAAGAAUCAGAAAUCGAGAACUUGAGAGACUUCGUGGUCCUCCAUGGCUGAAGACCAUGCAAAGGGUGUUACUUAACUGUAUGUACACUAGCCUAGAUUAUGCACAAACUGGUUUGAUUGCUGCAGUUUUCUUUUUCAAGAUGAUGGAAUGGUGGUAUCAAUCUGCUGAGGAAAGAAUGUCAGCUCCGACUGUAUAUCCCCCACCCCCUCCUCCACCUCUGCCAAAGGUUGCUAAAGAUGGACUUCCCUUGCCCCCUGACAGGACAUUGUGCCCCUUAUGCUGCCAGAAGCGCAAUAACCCUUCUGUUCUUUCUGCUUCUGGUUUUGUAUUCUGCUACAGUUGCAUUUUUAAGUCAGUCUCCCAGCAUAAAAGGUGCCCCAUCACAUUGAUGCCUGCCACAGUAGAACAAAUCAGACGCCUCUUUCAUGAUUUGUAGUUUGAUUAGACAGAACACACUCUUCUCCCCAAAGAUCAGGGGAAGCCGGAUAUAAAGAAUCGUACUAUGCAGCUAUUCAUUUUUGUUGAACAGACCACAAGGAACUCAGCCCUUCUGACACUCAAGGCAUGGCCAUCUACUCAAGAACAGUGCUGUUGAUUCUUCCCCCGUUAGGAAAUUCUAUGUUCAUACAAAGCUUGUAUUCGUUUUCUUCUGUUGAAAUCAAAAAAACAUGCACAGCUCGAGAUUUUGGUACUGAUGUGCAAUUACUGUACAAAUGUCACUUUGACGAGGUGACUGGUUACACAAUUUGAGAGGUCCUUGCCCAACUGUAUCAAAUAUGAAAGUCAUCGAAA